AUGCUCAACGGUCUAAAUAUUCUGCCCUCAUACACCGACUAUUUCAAUUUGAACCCCGCAACUACCGGCCUCAACACGGGAUCUGUCUUUAUCGGCGGCUUCUUCGGGCCUAUGGUCUCAGGCAUCAUGUCUGACCGCUUGGGGAGACGGCCCACCAUCUUCUGGGGCUGCCUGCUGACUAUCGUGGGCAUCAUUAUCCAGACUGCUGCGCAAAACAUAGCCAUGUUCGUUGUCGCUCGUAUCAUUCUUGGAUUUGGUUCGAUCGUCGCGGAGUCACCGCGGUGGCUCGUUCACGAAGGUUUCUACGAGGAAGCACGAACAGUCGUUGCGCAGACCAACGCCGACGGCGAUCCAUCUAGCCCCAUUGUACUCACAGUGUACAAGGAGAUUCUCGACACGUUGGAAUGGGAAAAGAAGGAGGGACGAACCAUGAGCCCGCAAGAAAUCUUUAAGACACCGGUCGCUCGAAAACGUCUGCUGAUAGGCGCAUCCGCUGGACCAUUCUCAUGCGUUGCUGGAAACAUCAUUGCUUCUUACUAUCUCGGAUCUGAGCUGAAUACUGCUGGUAUCACAAACUCGAACGAUCAGUUGAAAGCAACCUACGCAGAUCACCCAGAGGGCGCAUCCAAGAGCCUCAUCUAUGGCGAUGUCGCGGUGAUGUUUCUCUUCCAGGGCUUUUACUCGAUUGCGUGGACGCCACUCUUAUAUCUUUAUCCGCCAGAAGUCAUGAACUAUUCUAUCCGCGCCAAUGGUGUCGCCUUCUCACAAUUCGCAUUAAAUGCAUUUGCUUGCGUACUGGUCUUCGUCAUGCCGAUUGGCCUCGAAAACAUUGGAUGGAAGAUGUACAUGAUCAAUGGCUCUUGGGAUAUUGCCAUCAUUGUUCUUAUCGCUGUGUAUUGGGUUGAAACCAAGGGUAAAACCCUUGAAGAAAUUGAUGCAAUCUUUGAAGGCGAGAAACAUUCCGCAGUUCCAGAUGUAGAGGCUGUACGAAAGGGCGAGGCGACUGUUAAUACAAAGGAGCUUGAGCAAGAUUUAAACAUGGAGAGUAUGAUCAAAGUGGAAAAGAGCAAUUAA